UGCGCGGCGGACUGAGGGCGGUGCGCUCCCGCCCGCCUUGCAAUCGCGGCGAUGCUUUCGGCUGAGGAAGGGCAUUGCCUUGAAGAGGGGUCGGGGCCCGGGCCGGGGCAGGGCUCCCCGGAAAGACCGGGGACCAGUUUUCAGCCAGGACUUGGAACAGAGUUCAAGUUCAGAAUCAAGAGGGGAACCGAGGCCGCGUUCAGAAAGGCCAGGCGGCUCAACAAGAUAGCUCAGCAGACGGUGGAGACGAUUCAAAGGCAGGCAAAGGAAAAGAACACCGUAAAUGUUCAGAUUUUUCAUGUAACUGACAAUGAAGAAGAUUAUCUAAUGCCUGAAGAUGCAAAUGCUUUGGUUAAAGUUGAAUUUGUUUUAGUGACGAGAAAAUGUGAUGCUGGUAUUGGUAAAAGUGAACUGGAUAGGAGGUUUUACCUGAAUAGGUUGCGAGAGAUUGGCUUCAAUAUAAUGAAAAAAACUGGUGAGUUUGAUAUAUUCUUUGGAAUUCAAGCUCCUGAGAAAUUAUUUGAAAAAUAUAUACAUCUUCUGGAUAUUUCUGAAAGGACAUGCAGCAGUACUGGGCUGGACACAGUCUCAAAGUCAACCAGAAUUCGAAUUAUAAAUUUUAUUCUCAGGAACACAUCCGUCCCCGGCAUUGGUGGCCUUCGUGAGUUACUGAGAAACAAAACGUUUCAUUCAGCUUUCCCACUUCAUGAGGCAAACAUUUGGAAGAAAGAACAUAUAUUUCAAAAUCAAUGGGCUAAUUGGAAAAGCAUAUUUACCAAACAACCAAUCAACCACAUAAGGCUCUACUUUGGAGAGCGUCUUGCCUUGUACUAUGCCUGGCUUGGUUGGUACACUAUGAUGCUAAUUCCUGCGGCAGUGUGUGGCACUGUAGUCUUUGUGUAUGGAUUAAUCACCUUUGGAAAUAAUCAAGUGAGUAAGGAGAUCUGUGAUGCCCACACAACUAUCAUGUGCCCACUGUGUGAUCAAAAGUGUUCAUUUUGGAAGCUUUCCGAUACAUGUGCCUAUUCAAAGAUUACGGAACUCUUUGAUCAGGAAAUAACAAUUUUAUUUUCAAUGUUCAUGGGAAUCUGGGCCACUAUAUUUCUGGAGUUGUGGAAACGAACCAGAACAAGAGUCAUCAGUGACUGGGAUUUGUUUCAUUGGGAUGAGGAUGAGAUUCGUAUUUUCCAGAUCAUUAUUAUAAUCUGUAUUGCGCUUGGCAUUAUUGUAUUUCGAAUUACUGUUACUGUCUCACUAUUGAGAGCACCAUUGGCUGUAAUGCGUGAAGGUGCUCAAUUAUUGGCUGUGAUGAUUAGUGCUAUUUUGCAUUUCAUCACAGUUCUAAUCAUGACCAAGGUCAAUUAUGUUGUUGCAAGGAAACUUUGCAAAUUGGAAAAACAGCGUACUAUGUUAGCUGAAGAAAACAGCUUUACUGUAAAAAUGUUCAUGUUUCAGUUCUUCAACAUAUUUACUUCUAUUAUUUACACUGCUUUUUUUCUUGGAAAAUUUAAUGGCUAUCCAGGUAAUUAUGUGAGAAUAGGGAGGGACUGGCGACUAGAAGAGUGUCAUCCAAGUGGUUGCUUUACCGAUCUAUUUCUGCAAAUGUCUGUUAUAAUGGUUUUGAAACAAAUUCUAGGCACCAUCAUGGAAUAUGCUGUCCCAUACCUGCAAUAUAAAUGGAAGCAUCGGAAAAGAUACUUGGAUGACCAUGUAGAAGAUAUACCUAAGCAUUGGAUCAAAAAUUAUAACUUAAAUGACUUUGACUCCUAUUCUAUAUUCAACGAGUUUUUAGAAAUGACAAUUCAGUACGGUUUCACCACAAUAUUUGUUGCAGCCUUUCCAUUGGCUCCAUUACUAGCUUUUCUAAAUAACAUAAUUGAAAUUCGAUUGGAUGCCAAAAAGAUGAUAUGGCACUUCAAACGACCAAUACCACGGAAAGCAAAAGAUAUUGGAAUAUGGUUGAAAAUUCUGGAAGCAAUUGGUGUUCUUGCUGUUAUCGGAAAUGGAUUAGUGAUCUCUCUCACUUCAGAUUUCAUUCCUCGACAAGUGUACCUUUACAACUAUGGUCCAUGUAGGGAUCAGAGUCCACAUAAAAUUGAUUGUAUGACUGGUUAUGUUAAUAACAGUCUCUCUGUUGUCCACAUGAUGGAUUUUAAGAGAACAAUUCAACCUUCUGGUGAUGCAACAAAAUUGUUAGGACAUCCAGUAACACACUGUAGGUACCGUGACUACAGAAAUGAAUAUACCCAAGAGCCCACUGUCCAGUAUUGGCAUAUACUUGCCGCUCGUUUGGCAUUUUUGGUGUUAUUUGAGAACAUUGCGGUUUGUGUCAAAUAUAUUGCAUCUUGGUAUAUUCCUGAUGUCCCAGUUUCAAUCCAAAAUGAAAAUCUACAGAGGACAUAUGAGCAAUUAAAAGAGGAGCUGAAGAUGAUGCCAAUGAAAAGUGCAGGACCUUCAGUGGGUCAUGUACAACAUGAAAUGAUAAUUUGAUCACGAAAAAUGUGAAAAUAUAAGUAUUGUACACCAAAGCUGUUUACCAGAGAAAACUGAAUUACAACUUGUCUGAUGAUACAGUUUUAUAUUAUUCUACUAGAUUAAAACACUGUC